ACAUCGUUCAGUCACAAAACGCGAAACCUUCGCAAACCAUAAACCCUAACAACACCAAAGCUUUUCUUCUUCCUCUCUGCAAACCAGCCAUGGCUUCACGAAGACUCUUCUCGUCACUCCUCCGUUCAUCUCUCACUCGCUCUUUAUCGGAAUUUCAAUCUCCGACCUAUCUCCGCCAAAUCUCUUUCUCCACCGUUACAAUGUCUCCUCAGACAAAUGUAUGCUCUAGAGUUGAGUCUGCUAAUGGUUUGACUAGAUUGCCUUCAUAUCAGCAUGGUUCUGUGUUAGUCCCUCAUUUCCGAAGCAGGUUUAUGUCUACCGAGACAAAUUCUGUUGAUUCUUCUGAAGAUAGUUCCUUACCAGAACCUGAAUUGCCUCCCCGCAUCAAAUUUAAGAGAUUAGACAAAACUGCAAGGCACAUUAUGCAGAUUUUAGACAAGGAAGCAGUGGAGGAGGUGAAAGGACAGAGAGAGGUACCUGAUAUAAAGCCUGGUUAUAUUGUGCAGCUCAAAGUGGAAGUACCGGAGAACAAGAGGCGUGUUUCUAUUAUAAAAGGGAUUGUUAUUGCAAGGCGUAAUUGUGGACUCCACACUACAUUCAGACUUAGAAGGAUGGUAGCUGGGGUUGGAAUUGAGUCUCUAUUCCCACUGUAUUCACCUAACAUAAAGGAGAUAAAGGUGCUGGACAAGAAGAAAGUUCGAAGAGCCAAACUCUACUACCUGAGGGAUAAAAUGAAUGCUCUAAAAUAAAAACUGACACUAAUCUUCAGCCUGUUGGAAUUUGAAUUUGUGAUUAAUAAUUUUGUUAUACUCACUAUCUCCAUAUGUAUUCGAUCACAUGCAUUUUAAUGUAUUCACAUGCAUUCUUCUGUUUUGUUGUCAAUCUAGAUUCUUUAUUUCAAUAUGGCUUAUGACCAUAAAAAAUUAUUACAUUUUUAUUCUACCCUUUCGAUCAUGUCGUGUUUUGGAAAGGUUAA